CUUAAGCUUAUCUGCAAUUCUUUUACUAAUGAACUCCCCACUUCUUCUACAACCGCAGCAAGUCCACACAGCAUCGACUGAGGGAAUUCCGCCAGUGACGUCACCGCCUCUCUUUUCUCAAAGCAACAGCCGCUCUAACCCCGCUUCACGUCUAACUGGAAAACCCCCACUCCUGUCCAUGGUCCUUCGAAACCGUUCACUGAGUUAACCAUCAAUUGAGGUAAAUCCCAUCUGCAGUGUCUAGCAUACGUAGAUGUGUGUCAUUGUUUCGGUCAAAUAUGAAUGCCCAAGAGUUAUACAAGUGCAUGCUUUGCAAAAAACGUCAUGCCCUCAGGUUCUGCCCACAAUUUAUACUGAUGACUGUAGAAGACAGGAGAGCCGCCGUUCGACAACACCGUUACUGUCGAAAUUGUCUGGCAAAAAGCCAUUCUGUAGUAGAGUGUCAGUCGACGGAUACGUGCCGAAAAUGUGGGUUUCAGCAUCAUACAAUGCUGCACCCACGAAAACUUGUACUGAAGUCAAAAAGCUCCAACGCCGCCUCCAAGUCGCACUCAUCUAACCAACCAACUUCAUCUCGGCCCCAAAGAAAUCCAGCAGCACAGUCCAAUGCCACAGCCAAAUCACGCCUUGGCCAACGUCAGCACUCAGCUUCGGCUGGCCAACAACAAGAACAACAAAGGCGAGCCAAAAGGCACAAUAAACCAAAGGGUCAAAGAAGCCACCAACAACAACCACCCAAGCACCAACGAAAAUUGAAGACCCAAAAGUCCAACAAAGAGCGCCCACUAACUCCACAACCCAACUACUUAAUUUUAUCUGAAGCCAUCAAGUCGUUGGCAACAGUGUUAUGCGCUUCACCAAAUCUUGCGCAAGCGCAAGGCCGGCGCCAUGGACAAAUUUGAAUUUGUCCCUUUAAUUUAAGUACAAUCUAUCGUAGAAUAAGUCGAAGUAUAUGAAGUCAAAUUGUGAAUUGUAAAUGAAUUUGUAGCACGUAAGAAAAUAUCUAUUAGCACUAAGUGUAUAUAUUGUGAAU